AAUAUUCAUGAGUACAUCGUCUGAACGUUUUUUUUCAACGCAUCUAUUGCUGUCACGAAGUCAUUAGGACUUAUUCUGAAUACAAAAUACUACGAAAAAGUACUAGAAUAUCACAGAAUAUCUCUUCGAUGUGAUAAUGUCGUUACACAACUGAUUCUUAAUUUAUUCAACGCCGUUUUUCUCAUCUAUACUUUCUUCUUUGUAGUUUGGGGCAACACAACAAGCGUUUCGUUCCUGCUCUUGCAUGGUUACCAAGGGAUACACAGAUAAGAAGAAUGCGCCGAAAGAAGCCGUCGUUGUCGCUUCAUCGACAGAAGAAAACACGGGCGGAGAGAAACUCAUUUGAAAGAUGCUCGAAAACAACGGUGGCACAGCUGAAAACAACAAAACGGAAAACAUUUUUUUCCCCAGCCAAAUGUCCUAUUAUCGUGAGUUUACAAGAAAUGACCCCAAUACUGUCUCCGAUGAAAUCUCCAUUUCGUUCUCCGCUUUACAAAGCAUCGCCGCCCAAAAAACGUGCAAAGAAAAGCACGUCAGCAAGAAUACUCUUUGAACAAACUGACUGCAGCAUUUCCCCAGAACACCAGAAGAAUAACAUAAGCUUUCCUGAACUUGAUAUAUUAGAACUCGAUUAUGACACUGCAAUUGAUAAAACUGUGCAUUUUCUUGAAACCAUUGUGGAAUCAAGCCCUGCAAGCAUCAAUGAAGAGGUUAAAAGUUUGCCAAACAGAAAACGUCAGACUCAAGAGGGCUCUAUCGAAUCUGAGAAAUUAGAAAUAUGUGAUACUGCGUUCAAAUGUAGGACUGUGAGUAUUAAAAACAGUGAUAAAUCAAAUCUUGAACACAAUACGGAUAUUGCUGAAGGUGUCCCACGUAUAACAGUGACAACUAAUAAAGAAACAGCAUUAGACAAGUCAACGAGUACUUCGACUGAAAGUUCAGAAUAAGUCCUAAUGACUUCGUGACAGCAAUAGAUGCGUUGAAAAAAAAACGUUCAGACGAUGUACUCAUGAAUAUUUUGUUCAGACUGUGUACUCGGUAAGAAAGGAAUCAAUAACUUUCUUAAAACACCGAGAAAACAAUGGAAACUUGGCACGAAUGAUACAUUUACUAAUUAAAUCAUUUUUUUGUAGAAGAUCUCGACUUAAAUUUGCAUUUAGCGCUGAAAUACCCGAAUAAAGUACUUGUUCAGACGAUGUACAUACAAAAAUAAAAUUUGUAUCGAGUUUCAGGCCUAAACCAAGAAGCCCUCGGACGAACGAAAGGCACGUAAGUAUAUUAUAUCAUUAGGCGGGUACUCUGCGCCUAUUCUGCA